GGGCAUUUCUAGUGAAAAUAUGGAACGAGUAAAAACUUUAUUUCUGUUGGGUUCAUCUCUGCUUUUGACUGCAGUGUCUUCUCAAGACCACAAUGUUUGUUCUAGACCCGAGUUGGAUGGUAACAUUGAGAUGACUGGAAUGCAGAGGUUCUUCAUCCCUGGAUCAGAGUUACUGUUGUCCUGUCAGCGAGGAUAUACGCCCGUGUUAGGCCCUCGCAAAAUUGUCUGCACCGCCAGUGGGGAGUGGACGAAAACCAAAUUCAAGUGCAUACCAAAGCAAUGUCCCUAUCCCGAUCUGAUCACUAAUGGAGAAUCAUUUUACGAGGACACAGUUUACCAGAGCGGGAUCAACUAUACCUGUAAUGAAGGAUAUAUUUUGACUGGUCCCAGAUCGGCAGUGUGCCAAGCCAAUGGAACAUGGAGUACACCACCACCAAAGUGUAUACCCGUGUCCUGUGGUCUCGCUCCAAUCCCACAGUUUGGAAUGGUCAUUUAUGAGAGGAGGGUCAGAGGAAGAACAACUGAGUACGGCCUCAAAGCAACAUACACUUGUCUGCCUCCGUAUGCACUUUUUGGAAAGGCAACCGCAGAGUGCACCGCUAUGGGCACCUGGACUGAGACGCCUGAAUGUCGAGUGGUGACGUGCUGUCCUCCAGAGAACAUUGAAAGAGGCUACAUGUCGAACAGUGAGAGGAGAGAGUUUGACUACAUGGAAAGAGUCAAAUAUGGCUGCCUAGGUGACUACGUGCUCGAGGGGAAUACGGAGAUUGUUUGCCUGGAAAAUGGGAGGUGGUCUGACAUGCCAUCCUGCAAAGCUCCUUGCAUGGUUAACAUAGAGAGAGGAAGGAUAUUAUAUAAAGAACAAAAAAUGUGGAUUGGAGACUUACAACCCAAUACUGUCCUACACAAAGAAGUUGUCUCGGUGUACUGCAUGGACAAAGACAGGAAAUGUGGUUAUGCUCUGUCAACACAGUGCAUGGAUGGGAAACUGAAAAUCCCAGAAUGCUUUGAGGAACCCAGUGGACCUGACUACGUCCUUCGUCCAAAUUCCCUUCCAUCAGAAAUUGAACAGUGCUGAAGUAGUUGCAGAAUCUUUUUCUGAUGAGAC